GCGCUGCUAUUGGUUUAUCCGUGACGUGGAUGGCACGGAGGAGUCGGCUUGAGGACUUUAUAAAAGCGAGCUGCUGUGCGUGCAGUGAGUCACCAUCCACGAAACCAACCCUGUUUAAAGAACCGCAAACCUCUACUUAAAGGUGCACCAUGAGCGGGAGGCAAGGAUCUGGGCCUGCAGCUGGCAACAACAAAACCUCCGGAGGACAAGAUGCAUCCAAGGCGGACGUCCCGGAAGAUUUCGACAUCGACAUGGAAAACCCAGAGACUGAGAAGGCGGCCGUAGCCAUCCAGUCGCAGUUCAGGAAGUUCCAGAAGAAGAAACGUGACGAUAAGUCCUAGUUGGCGGUCACUGUGACCACACAGUGACAUUUGCAUGUGUCAUACCUGUUUGAACUCCACUAGUUGUAAUGGAGUUUUGGGGAAGGAGAAGGAAUGCAAUAGCCUGUUAAACAUAUGUCUGUGAAAGAAAAAAACACAUUCUAUUAUUACAGUCAUAUUUAUUAAUAAUCAACUGCUGUAUUUGGAAGAAAAUUGGAGAAACUGUUUUUUUUCUCGUUGUAUUUGUCUCUUAGAUCAUAAAGUAGUAUUUGUGAUGGGAUAUGUUUUUGUUCUCGUCCCAGCCUCAAUAAUUCCCAAAUGAAUCUAUAUUGUGUUUGUCGAUGGAGCAAAAGGUGUGUUAGAGUGAUGAUGGUUUUAGUAAAAUUAGCCUGCAUCCCAUUCUAGCAGAUGAUUUCACUAUACCCGCAUGUACACACUGAAUGAAUAAAGACUGUUUGGUGAACAAGUG